AUGUUCCUCUACGGCAUUGUAACGAGCCAGGUUAUCCGAUACUUUGGGGCCUUACGCAGGAUAAACGAGAGUCUCACGUUUCGGAUCCUGUUCAUCUCCGUGUUCCUCGUGGAUACGACAUAUACCGUCGUCACGAUAUAUUUGGUUUGGUUUUUCGCAAUCUCACACUACGGCGAUCCCGCUGUCCUCUCGUUGCCAGUGUGGCCCUUGGAAAUCAUUCCAAUAUCGUUAGCCUGGCCAGCUUUUGUAACUCAGCUAUAUUUCAUCCGACGCCUGUGGCGAUUGAUCCCAAGCAAAAUUCUGGUCAUAUUCUCUUCUGUGCUGGCGACAAGCAGCCUGCUGCUUGCCGCUAUGCUUACAGCUAGAUUGUUUUAUCACCGCGUCGCUAUGCUCACAACGCGUACAGGCUCGCUGACCAUAGCGCUUUUACGAGCUCGAACCGGGAUAAUCAGAGUCGACUACCUUAUCUACCGGUUUACGCGUGGUGCCAUACAGACUGGCCUUUUCGCUGGAAUUGCGACCCUGGGUGGUUUAGUGUGCUUCUUUUGUGCCCGCGACACAUCACUGGACUUGUUGUUUGGCAUCCCAACGGGGCGAGUGUACACAUUGGUGUGUGCGUUCUGUUCCUAUUUCUACAUGAGGAGCUUAGCGUCGUCUAGACUCUAUUAUAUUCAGUCCUCCUCCGAGUAG